AUGAAUCUUGAUUCUCAUCUCCAGCUCUUCUCCGUCGCGUUCUGCAUGCGCCAAAAUCCUUUCAAUCACACCCCGCCGAUCUUUCUUCUUCCUUCUACACUGCUUCCUCGUCUUCGUUCCCUCGGGACUCUGUUGGGCAUUGUCGGAGGCGGCAAAUCCGUGGCAAGAUUCAGGGACGGGAAGACGCAGCUCUAUUGGCAGAGGCACCGUGUGAAGAUUCAUCGUGGAGGCGAGGUCAACGAGGAUCGGACGAGGAUGGCGAAGUAUGAAGAAAGUUCAAGAUUGUUUGGAGGAAGAAAGAGAAGAAAAGUAAAGGAGGGAGGAGAGGAAUUUGGUCGGGUUUCUCUGGGGGAUUGGGAGAAGGAAGUGGGAAUUUGGGGAUGGUUGUGUUUUGCGAGAGAGAAAAGUAUUGUCGUCCAAAGAGCAGAGGUUGCGGUUGUUUAA